AUGCCGGGUAAAGGCAAGAAAAAGGAAAAAAAAGAGAAGAAAGAGAAGAAAGACAAAGAAGAAGGAGGAGAAAAGAAGAAGGGCAAAAAGGGGGGUGGUGGGGGUCGCGGCAAGAAAGGGAAGUCGAAAGGGAGGUGCAAUGUUGACAUGUUGACUGAAGCAGCGAUGGACAAUGUUUACUACGCUUGUCAUAACGUGCAAGAGUUGUUGGCGGCUAGAGGAUUUCAUCCGCCUGAUUUUAAUAAGAAGAAGAAAAAAGGGAAGCGAUAAGUGUUAGGAUGUUUCACAAUCCCGUGACGUUUGUUUGUGGGUAAUAUUUUACAUACGUAUAAAAACGUGUACCUAGCUUAAGCGUGUACUAAUAAUAGUGAAGAAAUAGGUAGCUCGCUUUGGAUAUAUUUGGUUGUAUAAAAUAAAUAUAAGG